GUGAAUAACAACAGGGCCCACUUACCCAUCUCCCUGAACAACGGGGCCCUUCGGCUCUAUCAGAGCGGCACCUCCCUCGUCCUCCGCACUGACUUCAACCUCAGAGUGUCCUAUGACUGGAACAACCACCUGAGGGUCACCGUCCCUAAUGACUUCUCUGAGAGCCUGUGCGGCCUGUGCGGCAACUAUAACGGGGACCUCUCCGAUGACUUCCGGACCCCGGAUGGGGACCUGGCUCCCAGUGUCACCGCCCUGGGGAAAAGCUGGGCGGUGGAAGAUGAGGAUCAGUUUUGCUGGUACGAUUGCAUUGGAGGUUGCAGGCUCUGUGCCACCAGCAUCGCCAGAAAGUACAAGGAGGAGGCCUCGUGCGGCCUGAUAACCAAGGUCUCAGAUGGGCCCUUCAGCCAGUGCCACACCAAGGUGGAUCCUACAGUCUACUUGGACAACUGCGUGUACGAUCAGUGCCAGAACGACGGCUACAGGAUGGCCCUGUGUGAGGCCCUGAAGGCCUACGCGGACGCCUGCCAGCUGGAGGGGGUCAGGAUUGGGGAAUGGAGGCAGCUGGCCAGAUGCCCCAUGGAGUGCCCCCUGGAGAAUAGCCAGUACCAGCUCUGUGGAACAACCUGCCCAGCCACGUGUGUGGACCAGUCAGCCCCCAGCAGCUGCCAAGACCCCUGCAUGGAGAGCUGCCAGUGCAAGGAUGGUUUUGUGCUGAGCCAGGGCAAAUGCGUACCCAUGCACGGCUGUGGGUGCCUAUUCGAGGGGCGUCCCUAUGCCCCCAAUGAGAGUUUCUGGGUUGAUGAGGCAUGUGGGACACGGUGCAUAUGCAAUGCAACCACUAAACAAGUCGAAUGCGUGGCCGCCAAGUGCAAACAGUCGGAGAGGUGCGGGCUAGUGAACGGUGUACGGGGCUGUUACCCCUCCAGCUAUGCCACCUGCUCUGUGACAAGGAAUCUGCACUACACCACCUUUGAUGGACAGAGAUACGACUUCCAAGGCACCUGCCGCUACCAGCUCACGGCUCUGUGCAAGAAGGCAGAGGGACUGGUGGACUUUGAAGUCUACUUCCAGGAGAACAAUACCACUCCUGUACAGAUCAAGGUGUAUCAGACCAACCUCAGGGUCAGCAAUCAAUUCCCUGGGAAAGUCCUG